GGCUUCAGAAACGGAAAAUGUACAGCGAUAUGAAUCUGUUACGAGAAUUACGGACAAGUGAGCCUACCGAUUUCCAAAAUUAUUUAAGAAUGGAUCCUAACACAUUUGAUGAACUGUUAAAAUUAGUUAGUCCAUACAUACGAAAAGAAGAUACGGUAAUGAGGCAGAGUAUUUCACCUGAAGAGCGCCUUGUUGCAACUUUGAGAAUGUUGGCCACCGGAAGAAGUUAUGAAUGCUUGAAGUUUAGUACUGGAAUUUCUCCACAAGCUCUUGGUCGCAUAAUUCCAGAGACAUGCAAAGUAAUUUACCAGGUUUUGCAGAAAGAUUAUUUAAAAUUUCCCAAGACUGUCCAAGAAUGGAUGGAUAUUGGAGAAAGAUUUAACUCUCGUUGGCAGUUCCCUAACUGCGGUGGAGCUAUCGAUGGAAAACACAUAAGAAUAACAUGUCCAGCUAAAACAGGCGCAUUUUACUACAAUUAUAAAAAGUUCUAUAGUAUUGUUUUAAUGGCUUUAGUAAACAGCGAUUAUGAAUUUUUAUAUGUAGAUGUGGGCAAAAACGGAAGAAACUCUGAUGGGGCUAUUUUAGAGUAUACCAAAUUCUACCAAUACCUCAGAAAUAAUCAACUGCAUUUACCUCUCAAGGAAGAAAACAUAGAACAAAUGAAUUAUGUAUUUUUGGGGGACGAGGCAUUUGCUCUGCAAAAACAUAUACUCAGACCGUUUAGUCAAUCUGAACUUACAUAUAAAAAAAAAUUUUUAACUAUCGCUUAUCGAGGGCUAGAAAUGUCGUUGAAAAUAGUUUUGGAUUAA